ACGUCACGUACACCGCGCCAAGAAAGGUGAGGGAACCUGACCAAUUGCACGUUCAAAUGGUCGAGUAUCGAGCUCGACAAGUCGGAUUCAGCCAUUUACUUAUCAGCUACUCCGCAACAUCUGCCUGGAAUGUUUUUGCAUUAUUAUUUGCAAACAUGACAACUCAAUACUUGCAUUUUCGAUUUUCGGAACCGCUUGAAUUAUGAAUAAUAAAAUUACGGAUUCGGGAAGUGAAAUAGUUUCUUAGUUAUGUUCGAAUUUACAACUAAUUUGAGACGAAGAAAUUGAUAAUAAUAGAGUAGCACUGCAAAAUUGAUGAAAAUAAAUAAAAAGUUGAUUGAAAAUUUCAGGAUAACUCCAAUUAGCGUGAUAAAAACUCUUUAAUACUCACCAUGAUGAUGAAGCCACCAAGCUCCGUUUUCCAACUGCCUGGAUUUCUACGACGCUGCAGUAAUCUAAACUCUUUUCAUACAAAAUUAAAUACAAAGCUAAAACCUCACACAGAGGGGGAAGAGAAUGCUAUCAACAAAGAUCUCGAGGAAAUUAUAGACUUCAAAACAAGAAAUACUAGCAGCUGGGUCAUAGAAACAAAAGUGAACAGUCUGUGUUUAAAAUAUAAUAUUUUAACAAAGGAUGAGCGAGCCAAGUUUCUAUCGUCUCUUGCAACUCGAUAUGCUGUAAACCACGACAAAAUAUGCCAGCUUGCAAAAAGAUUAGCUUGCAACGAGCCAAACAAUCCAAACCAACUGAUCUCAAGAGAGCGAGCUCUAAAAGAUGCCCUAACACCUCCGUAUCAUUGGCUGUUUGCACGAGUUGGAAGACUGGAACAUGGAGUCAAAUUUCUUGUAGAUUUAAGAGCAAAUGUCUUAGAUUUAAUAAGCCAUUGUACAAAGGAUUCAGAAGAUAUUUUACAUCUUAGUCAGAUGGAUGCCACUCUGAAACAAAUGUUAUUUUUGUGGUUUUCUGUAGGAUUUAUGAAAGUUGAACGGGUGACUUGGCAAACCUCGUGUGACAUUUUACAAAAAGUUUCUGACUAUGAAGCUAUUCACCCUGUGAGGAACUGGGCUGAUUUAAAAAAACGAGUUGGGCCAUACAGAAGAUGUUUUAUUUUUACUCAUCCAUCAAUGCCCAGAGAACCUCUAGUUCUACUGCACACUGCUCUAUGUGAUGUUAUACCUGAUUCAGUAAAAGGUAUUCAAGAUGCUGAAAAUCGAAUUCUUGGUAAAGUUAUAGUUAAUAAAGAAAGAGUUGAAGAGGAUAAGACUAAAAUAAAAGCAGCUAUAUUUUAUUCUAUAUCGUCAACUCAAGUUGGUCUACAAGGCAUUGAGUUGGGAAAUUAUUUGAUAAAAGAAGUAGCAAAACAUAUAACUGCAGAAUUCCCAAUGAUAGACCAACUUUCUAGUUUAUCACCUAUACCAAAUUUCCGAGUAUGGCUUCUAGAUAGAAUGAAAAGAGAUAUCAAUACAGUUUUUACUAAAACUGAGCAAGAGUCGAUAAAAUAUAAUUUGGACUAUGAUCAAACAAUUACGGCAACAAGAGAUCUGCAUUUAGAUUUAAAAAAGAUUUUCAACAAUUCUCUUUGGGGAAAUGACAAAAGAUUAUCGUCAACUUUGCGAGAACCGAUGUUGCGAGCUUGCGCAUUCUAUUUAUACAAAGAAAAACGGCGAAAUUAUGCUCUAAAUAAUGUUGCUAAUUUUCAUCUUCGAAAUGGAGCCGUUAUGUGGAGAAUAAAUUGGAUGGCUGAUCCAUCACCAAGAGGAAUGGCAAACAGUUGUGGUAUCAUGGUUAAUUACAGAUACUUUUUAGAUGAGACUGAGUUAAACAGCAGAAACUAUAUAGAAAAAUAUCACAUCAAAGCUUCUAACACUGUAAUUCAUUUAGCAAACGAAGCUGAAAAGUUCUUUUCUACCAAAGUUGCAACUGCCAAAGAAGCAGUGGAAGAAUAAUACCAAUACUUCUGCAUGUAUAUUAAAUUUUCUAAUAAUUUUUAAUUUAUAUAAAGUAAUGAUCUUUAACUUCUAUAAAAGGUAUUGUAAAAUAAUAAGAAUAAGUAUAUUUUUUACAUAAAAUAUGUAAUUUUUUGUAAACAAAUACAACUACAUUGUACAAAUUUAUAAAAUCCUUACAAAUUAACUGCCCUUUAACUUUUUAACUUUUAGAUUUGCUUUUUUAUGCUUGCCAACCAUUACUGGUACUUUAUGUCUAGUCACUUUAAUUUCUUCUACUUUUUUGUCACUCUCAUUUUCACUAUCACUAACAUCAAUGUCAGAAUAAUCAUCAUCCUCUUCAUCAUUGUCAUUAUCAUUAUUUUUUUCAUCUUCAUCAUCUGAAAAUAGUUGUAACUUCUUUUCACUGUUUGUUACUUCAGUAAGGGGCUCAAUUUCUUUUCCAUCUUCAGAAGUCUUUGCACUGAUAUCCAUAGAUUCAUCUGCACCUAUAGACUCCUCCUGCCAAAUGGAUUGUAUUAUGCUAGUUUGUUUUUGUUUCCUUUGCCGCCUCGAAGGCUUUGCAUCGGGUUUCUUUUCAA